AUGGGCUACGACACGCCCCUCACUCCUACCGACCCCGCCGCCGUCGACUUCCGCGCAUUCUACCCCUACACCCCCAAUGAAGUCAAGCACAGGAAGCGCACAACCUCCGCCCAGCUCAAGGUCCUCGAGGACAUCUUCAAAAAGGACACAAAACCCAAUGCUACCCUCCGCACGGAGCUCGCCGCAGAGCUUGACAUGACCCCGAGGGGUGUCCAGGUGUGGUUUCAGAACAGACGGGCGAAGGAAAAGGUGAAGGCGAGCAAGGCGUCGAUGGCAGCCAAGGCCAACGCAGCCGGCCUGGUCGCUGGAAGGCAGGAGGAGGCGUCGGCGUUGCGGAACGUGAAGAACGAGAGCCUGCACGGGGACUCGUUACUUGGGGACGGCAGCCAGGACCCCUCAGACGCGUUUUCCCGAUCACCCAGCAAUGCCAGCAGGAGCCCUGCAUCCCUCGCCACCUCGCCCCCCACCCUCCACCUCAUCACCGACGCCGCCAACUUCCCCCCAUACUCCCCCGCCGACCUCCCCCCUGACAGCGCCGCGUCCUAUGCAUCGUCGCGACCAGCCCUGCAGUCGUCACGGACAGCACCCGUCGCCUCCCUGAACCAAAGAUUCGGCCACGGCGUCGGAGGGGAUGACUUGUAUCAGUACCGUCGAGGUUCGCUCCCCGUCAACGCGUUCCCGCAACCCCAACAGUCAGCAGAAGACGAUACCUUCGACCCCUUCGUCCGCCGACGCUCAGUCGAUGCCAGCCUCCAACGGCUAGCUUCCAACCCGUUCGCCGGCCUUGCACGAGCAAAAAAUAGCGCCCUCUAUGGCCCAGGAUUCGGUGUCGCCCAGCCCGGCACGACGAGCAACGGAUUGAACGCGGGGAUGGGCGGAGGUGUUGGUCGCCAUCAUCACCAGAUCAACCGCCUGCCAUACAUGUACCAGACGCAGCGGCGUGGCGUUUCAUCCCUGUCUUCCGCAUCUCCGGCAGGCCAUCUGGCUUCCAUGCCCCAGCACACGGCCCUCCGCCGAUCCUCCAUGGACUCGCGUUCGAUGCGCCUUUCGCAACUUUCGCGGUCUUAUCAGACACCUUCGCCCUCGCCAUUGACCCCCUACAACGCGGUCAUCCGCGCCUCGUUGCCCGACUCUCACUUGUACGCCGUCAGCCAACGCCCCGUCGCUUCACCGAUCCCCGGCCCUCUGCCCUCGCCAGGCUUCUCAUUCGGCGCGGCCAGUAGCAACACGCCAUCGAUGGCCUCGCCAAGCUCUGGAGACAGCGAACGAAACUCGCCCGAUUCGCUUAGAUCAUUCACAUUCAGAGGAGAUGAGACGGAGCAGGACGAUGACGCGACUUCGCCCUCGUACACCGCAUACUCGCGAUUCGGCUCCAUUGCCUCCAUUGCGACUAGCGAAUCGAGUAUAAACAGCUCGUACUAUGCUGAAAUUGGAGGCGCGGCAGUCGAGCACGCGCACCUCGAAGACCGACGCGAUUCUUGCGCGUCCGGAAAUUUCUUGGGUAUGCUCUCGGGGCUUGAUGUCGGUAACCAGGUUGAGCAUAUGGGUCACGCUGGGUCGAUGGGGCUCGGGAUUGGUGCGGCUGUUGGGUAUCCCCCUACGCACGAAGAGUAUACAUUCUCGGCGAGCGCGGGCGAGGGCUUGGAGCUGGUAUCGGGAUCGGUGACAGAUGGGCACCUCCAUCAGCAACAGUCCGCUGAUCAACAGCAGCAGGAGCAGUAUCCGUCCCCCGCUUCCACCAUCGCGCCGAACUCGAAUGGACAGAGCCCCCAACCGCGUGCGCAGGACCCCCCGUCGGCGAACGUGCCGAUUUCGACUUCGAGCGAGCUAGCAUUCGCGCUCGAGGGCAAGCCGGGUCAGUCUUCUGGCACGGCUUCUCCUCCGGAGACAUACGUGAACUACGGCGAGCAUAGUCCUCCGGAGCAGCUGCAACACGAGACGUCGUACUUCCCUCAACAGCUGGAGCACCAACCACAGGACGCCAACGCGUCUUUCUCCCAGACAUACUCGUUUCCUAAUGGGUCCCAGCAACAACAGCCGCAGCUCGAUUACGGCGUCUUUAGCUCAUCGGGAGGCUUCGUGGACCCACUCGCAACGAGUGGAGUAAUGGAUAACGGGCUACAGAGCGUCGAAGCGUUCGUUGCUUACACGUGA